CACGGCUAACCUGCUCAACCACGGUCCACGGCCGCUUUCGGAGCUCUCAGUGGCUCAGUCACGCACACCUACCUCGUGCAGUCCUGCUGUCCAGGAACAAGAACAUCAAGUCCGGAUCACCUGCGAUUGCGAGCACUCGAUCCAGCCUUCGCCACCUCCAGGCGCAGCAGCGAUGAGCUCCGGAAAGGCGCAGCGGCGGCCGCACGCCGUGCUCAUCCCGCAGCCGGCGCAGGGCCACGUCACGCCGAUGCUGCACCUCGCCAAGGCGUUGCACGCUAGGGGGUUCCGCGUCACCUACGUCAACUCCGAGUACAACCACCGGCGCCUGCUCCGGUCCCGCGGCCAGGACUCCCUCGCCGGCACCGACGGCUUCCACUUCGAGGCCGUCCCCGACGGCCUGCCGCAGUCCGACAACGAUGACGUCACGCAGGACAUCGCCGCGCUCUGCCUGUCCACCACCGCGCACAGCGCCGCGCCGUUCAGGGACCUGCUGGCGAGGCUGAACGCCAUGCCGGGCAGCCCGCCGGUGAGCUGCGUCAUAGCUGACGGCGUGAUGAGCUUCGCGCAAAGGGUCGCCGAGGAGAUGGGAAUCCUGGCCUUGGUUUUCUGGACCACCAGUGCGUGCGGCUUCAUGGGCUACCUCCACUUCGCCGAGCUCAUCAGACGAGGCUACGUGCCACUGAAAGACGAAAGUGACCUGACGAACGGGUAUCUGGACACGGCAAUCGACUGGAUCCCCGGCAUGCCGGACAUCCGUCUGAAGGACAUCCCCAGCUUCAUCAGGACGACAGACCGAGACGACGUGAUGCUCAACUUCGACGGCGGCGAGGCGCAGAACGCGCGCAGGGCCCGCGGGGUCAUCCUCAACACGUACGACGCGCUGGAGCAGGACGUGGUGGACGCGUUGCGCCGCGAGUUCCCGCGCGUGUACACUGUCGGCCCACUCGCAGCGUUCGCGAACGCCGCGGCAGGAGGCGAGCUGGACGCGAUCGGCGGAAACCUCUGGAAGGAGGACACGAGCUACCUCCGGUGGUUGGACACGCAGCGGCCGGGCUCGGUGGUGUACGUCAACUUCGGCAGCAUCACGGUGAUGACCGCCGCGCAGCUCGCCGAGUUCGCCUGGGGCCUGGCGGGCUGCGGCCGGCCGUUCCUGUGGGUCAUCAGGCCGGACCUCGUGUCCGGCGAGACCGCCAUGCUCCCGGAGGGGUUCGUCACGGACACCAAAGGAAGGGGAAUCCUGGCGAGCUGGUGCCCGCAAGAGCUGGUGCUCUCGCACCCGUCCGUCGGCCUCUUUCUGACGCACUGCGGGUGGAACUCCACGCUGGAGAGCGUAUGCGCCGGCGUGCCGAUGCUCUGCUGGCCCUUCUUCGCUGAGCAACCGACGAACUGCCGGUACGUGUGCGACAAAUGGGGGAUCGGGAUGGAGAUCGACAAUGAUGUGAGGAGGGAGGAGGUGGCGCGGCUCGUGCGCGCGGCAAUCGACGGAGAGAGGGGAAAGGCGAUGAGAGUGAAGUCGGUAGUGUGGAAGGAGAAAGCUCGACAAGCGGUGGAGGAUGGUGGAUCCUCCAGGAAAAACUUGGAUCGACUGGUCGAUUUCCUGCUCGCAGGGAGUGAUCUCCCUUGCUGAGUUUACUUCAAAAUCUUCGUGCCGGUUUUUAAAGUCUAAUAAAAUUUUCUUUUGGAAUUGAGUGGGUGUUAUUUUUUCCGAAUGAAAAAAACCGAUAUCAUUCUCUA